CCCUUUGGAUUGGCUGAAUAUUUUGUUUUUGUCAAUUUGUCUUUGAUUUUUUAUGCAUUUUGGGUUCAUUGACCAUUGGAUACGGUUGUUUUUUAAUCUCAGUGUAGAAAAUGAUGUCUAAAAGUGAUCCGGUCGGAUCGAGUCUGCAUUGGAUUCGAUUUAUAAAAGAAGCAAUUUCACCUCUUGCAUUAGGUAUUAGGAAAGCUGCUAAAGAUCUGGAACGUUGUUGGGUAGUGUCAAAUGACAAAACAAAUAAGUUUGAAUUGAUUGUCCCAUUGAAUGGUAGUGGUAGUGAUAGGAAUGGUAAGGUUCAAAUCUUUGGUGGGAAGAGCAGAAUCGAUGUUAAUAAUCACUUGAGUCGUGUUGAUAGGGAAGAGAGAACAAAAGGGUUAUCUAUAAAGGUUCCGAUCAAUGUUUUUGUCGGAAUGUUUUCACCGGAAAAUGAGUCGAACAAUGUGAAGGUCGAGGCAGUUAGGAAAGGACUGAGAGGAAAAGAUGUUGAUAGAGUUGAAGAGACUUGUAUGAAUUGGUUGCUGUUUGCAGUAACUUGGUCAACCAUGGUUAACAGAUUUGCCCAGGCUAUACCAAGCUCGUUCAAGUCUGGGAGGAAGCUGAUUCGGGAAAUGGAUGACAAUAAAUGGUGUCUAAGUUUGUGUACUCAUAACAUGGAAUCAGAGGUUCCAUUUGAGGUUAAGUGCAGAGAGUCUAAGGCUCGGGUUGUCAUGAAGAAUGAGAGUUUGGAACAUAAUAAUGAUCGGGAAAAUGUAUCGUUUGAAUGCUUUAUAGGGAAUGCAUUUGAUCAUAUGACUCAAAAGAUCAACCAUUUAAAAGCCAUAACAAGUAUUUGGGAAGGUCGAAAAAUCGAUGUAAAUGGAUUUUUGGGAAAUUUGAAUUUUGCUAGAGUGGGAGGCGUUCGGUCUGGUGUUGUUGGAGUUUCUUCUUCCAUGAAUAAAGAGGGAAAUGAUGGUGAUAGGAAGGAUGAUACAGAAGGAACCGGUGGUAAUUCAUCACAAAAACUGGCUGAUCAGAUACUUAGCAAUCCUCUGUCAAAUAUAGAGCGUUUGAGUUCGACCUUACCGACAGUCUCAGUUACAGAUUUGACUGAGCCUCUACCACCGUUGGGCCGAUCCUUGCAAGACCAUCCGAACAAGAAGAUAUUAUUCUCUGUCCAGGAGUUCUUCAGAUAUACCGAGUCUGAAGGGAGGAGGUUCUUCACAGAACUGGAUAGAGAUGGCGAUGGCAAAGUAACUUUAGAAGAUCUUGAAGUUGCUUUGAGAAAUAGAAAUUUGCCUCAGAGAUAUAGUCGGGAAUUCAUGCGCCGGACUAGAAGAAACCCAUUUUCGAAAUCCUUUGGAUGGAAGCAAUUCUUGUCCUUGAUGGAACGGAAGGAGCCAACCAUACUUCGAGCUUAUACUAAUCUUUGUUUAAGCGAAUCAGGGACUCUGCAAAAGAGUGAAGUGUUGGCAUCACUUAAAACUGCCGGACUUCCAGCUACCGAAGACAAUGCUGUUGCUUUGAUGCGGUUUUUGAAUGUGGGCAGUGAAGAAUCUGUUUCUUAUGGACACUUCCGCAGAUUUAUGCUUCUGUUGCCUUCUGAGCGACUACUUCGAGAUGAUCCUCGGAAUAUCUGGUUUGAAGCUGCUACUGUAGCUGCUGCUGCACCAUCUGCAGAAAUACCAGCUGAAAGUGUUCUUAAAUCCGCACUUGCCGGGGGUCUUUCGUGUGCAUUCUCCGCAGCUGUAAUGCAUCCGGUUGAUACUGUAAAGACUCAAGUGCAAGCGUCAACCACUCUAACAUUCCCAGAAAUCAUGUCGAAAAUUCCUCAAAUUGGAUUACGGGGGUUAUAUAAGGGUUCCAUCCCUGCAAUUCUUGGACAGUUUUCAAGCCAUGGAUUGCGGACAGGAAUAUGUGAAGUAAGCAAGGUUGUAUUGAUCAACGUUUCUCCAAACCUCCCCGACAUUCAGGUUGAUUCCAUGGCAUCAUUCUUCGGUACUGUUCUGGGAACAGUGGCCCGGUUACCUUGUGAGGUACUAAAGCAGCGUUUGCAGGCUGGCCUUUACGACAAUGUUGGAGAAGCACUUAUCGGUACAUGGCAGCAGGAUGGUCUGAAGGGCUUUUUCCGUGGGACAGGGGCCACACUCUGUCGUGAGUUGCCAUUCUAUGUCGCUGGGAUGGGCCUUUAUACAGAAUCGAAAAAGGUAUGUAUUUUGUUCUUCACAUUGAAAAUUUUAAGCUUGUUCGAACUAUAUUUUUUCUUCUGCAUGUUUCAGCUCGUCCAACGACUUAUAAGGCGGGAUCUAGAGCCGUGGGAAGUGGUUGUUGUCGGAGCUAUAUCAGGAGGGUUAGCUUCUGUUACUACUACACCUUUCGAUGUCAUCAAAACUAGAAUGAUGAUUGCAUCCGGGGGCAGAUCCACAUCAAUGUCGGCAGUAGCCGUUUCCAUACUCCGUCACGAGGGACCCCUCGCUCUGUUCAAAGGAGCUGUACCGAGGUUUUUCUGGGUUGCUCCCUUAGGCGCCAUGAACUUUGCCGGCUAUGAGCUGCUGAGGAAGGCCAUGGAUGGAAACAAAGACGUGAGCACGGAUCCGGUCUCCGAAAAGAAAUUGACCAAUUCCGGGUUAGAUCCAAGUUCUAAAAUAUGAAUCAUAAUCCGCUAAUUUCCGUUUGAUUCAUUGUUUUUUUUUUUAAAAAAAAAACCUUUUAUGUCAUGAUUUAAGCCUUAAGGUUGUUUUCAGUAACACUGAAACCGAUUCGAAUUUAAUAAAACCGAACUGAAAUUGAACCGAA